UAAUUUGUAAAUUACUAAUGCUUGAAAGUACAUAAACAGCUUUGUUUUGGGAUCGAUUGCAUUGAGGGAAAUUAAUCUAGCAUUGAAAGAUUCGAAAAGUUGUGUCUUUCUGUAUUGACCAUAAGGAAAAAGUUUAACACCGUACCAAUAAUAGGUUGAAACGUUACGAUAGGUCACCAAUUCACACCCAUCAAAGAGGAUACUAUUCUCCUUUUCCCACUUCUAUAUAAAUAAACCACUCAAAACCAUAAAACACAGAAACACUUUCCCUCUCCACUCCAAAACUCUACUACCACCCAAAACAAAGAAAAGCACUUAAACAAAAGCAGCUUAUUCAUUUCCUUCAACAUGGCUGCCAUAAAAAGAGAACCCAAACAAGAAGCACCCAUCCAUGGUGAUGUUUUAGAAACAAUAUUUUCAUUCGUGCCACUCAUCGACCUUGUUCCAUCUUGUCACGUAUCUAAAUCAUGGAACAAAACUGUUUUCUCUUCACUUACCCACGUAAGACAAAUCAAACCAUGGCUCAUUGUUUUACCCCAAACAUCACGCGCUUCGCGCGUGACCAUCGCUCAUGCUUAUGAUCCUCGCUCUCAUGCGUGGCUUCAGAUAACUAAACACCAACCGUUGAUCAACAAAACUCAGGAAAUUCCAGCCAUUAGAUCAUCUCAUUCAACUCUGCUUUACACCUUAUCCCCAUCGGAGUUUACGUUUUCACUCGACGCACUUCAACUCGAGUGGCAUAAAGCACCGUCACCGCGCGUGUGGCGCACUGAUCCAAUAGUAGCGCGCGUUGGAAAUUGUGUGGUGGUUGCUGGCGGCGCGUGUGAGUUUGAAGAUGAUCCACUUGCAGUGGAGAUGUACAACAUGGAGAGCCGUGAUUGGGUCAAUUGCCAGUCGAUGCCAAUGACACUGAAGACAUCGUCGGCAUCCUCGUGGCUAUCGGUUGCGGUUGUCGGAGAAACCAUGCUCGUGACGGAGAAGAAUUCCGGUGUGACGUACACGUUCAAUACAACUACGAUGGAUUGGGAAGGGCCUUAUUAUCUACGUCCAGAUGAUAAAAGUGUACUCUACACCGUCACCGGAACUUUGUCAGAGAAAUUGACGGUGGCCGGAUUGGUGGGUGAACCGGGGAACGUAAGAGAAGUAAAGCUGUGGGCUGUUAAGGAGGAAAUAGAUUCGGGAAUGGAGGAAAUAGGUUCGAUGCCGAAGGAGAUGGUGGAGAAGUUGAGAGGUGAUUCAGAGUUUGGUUCAGUUGAAGCAAUUUGGGUUGGGAAUUUGGUUUACUUGCGUAACACGUUGGUGUUGGAUGAACUUGUUGUAUGUGAGGUUGUAAAUGGGAACUUGUGUGAGUGGAGAAGUGUGAAGAAUGCGGCGGUGGACGGUGGAACGAGGAUGGUGUUUUGUGGCGGUGAUGUGAAAAUGGAGGAUUUGCAGAGAGCGGUGUUGUCGGAGAAACAAACAUUUAGUAUGAAACAAAUGUGAACUUGAAAUAAUUAAAAUCUUACCUGGGCAGUUUAUCCAUUCUGUUUUUCUUGGUCUCCUUCCUUCGAUUCACAUGUUUCUAGGUUGAAGUUUUUUGUCGCCUAGUUUUGAGGCAUAAAAAUGUGAAUGAAUGAGUAUUUGAGUUUCAAACUGUUGAAAAUAUUAUUACUAACUGAAUCAUUCGAUGCCAUCAUCUUCAUCAACUCUUAAAAUCUACUGCCGUUGAAUACCGUCAAAUUUCAUAGGCUUCUUCAA